CAAUGUGUCGAGACUUAGAAAAUCUCUAUCAAAGCAGCCCUAAGAAUGAUUCCUCUACCAUAAGGUCAACCUUGUAUCAAGCAGUGUCUAAUCUUCCUCCCAAGUCAAACUUGGACGAUGAAGAAGAAGUUAUAUAUCACACUCUAGAGGAGAUGAUCAAGAACCCCAGGAAACUACAGCAUCGUUUAUCAACGGACAUUUCCUGCAUGGAAGCAGCAACAUUUACCAAUAGAAUAGUUGAGGAAAAGGACGCGGGAAGAAUGAGAUCCUUGCAAGGACGAGGGGCGGGAGGAUGGCUUGAAACAGUCCCCACUUCAGACAAGCACGCACUAAAGCAGAAUGAAUUUCGUCUAGCGUCUUGUCUGAGGUUGGGUGUCUGUCUGCCAUUCAGUCAGCUCCUUGUAAAAUGUGAGUGUGGAGCAGAGCUGGACAGAGAAGGAUAUCACUUGAUUACAUGUAAGUAUGGGGGAGGUCCUGUCUGGACGCACAACACCCUAGUUUCUGGAUGGAGCGAGUGUCUCAGCGAUUUGCUCAUAUGCCACCAGAUUGAGCCAAGACACAGAUACAUCCACACUGAAGAUAGACCAGACAUCACAUUUUACGACGUAGACUCAGGAACAACAAAAGAGAUAGAUGUUGCUAUGGCUCAUCCCUGGAGCAAAGAUACCAUCAAGGGAGCGUCCACGACAUGUGGAUAUGCAGCAACAAAACGAGAGGCAAGGAAGGAAGUAAAGUAUUGCAAAGAAUCAUUACCAGAUGGUUCUAAGCCUUUUGUUACUCCUCUGGUGUUCGAACACUUUGGUCGUUGGGGACCCAAAGCAGAGGAAUUUUUAAAUGAGCUUGCAAAGAAGUCCAAAGACAUGCUGGGAAGGAAAAAUGAAGCAGCGUUUAGAAGCUAUUGGAGAAGAAGAUUUUCUGUGAUUAUUCAGAAAUGUAACAGUAGAGUUGUUUUAAGAAAGCUAUCUAGGCUUUCAUUGAAUUGUUUGGAUGGACAAGACAAGCUAGAGAUGGACAAAGCCAUUCAUAGUUCUAUUCAUUAAUUAAAACGAAGAACAGUAGGAGAGUAGAACUUUUAGUACUGCAGCAAGUGAUGUAAGUAGUGACGUUUGAUGACAAUAAAACAAAUCUGUCUGUCUGUCUGUCUGUCUGUCUGUCUAUUUGUCUGUCU